UGUACUGUUCCAAUAUGGCUGCGACCACAGCAGGACGUGUUCUGUCACUUUGCAGGCAAUUUCAAAAAGGUUUAUCGAUAUCCACAGUUUUACCGUUACAACAAACUAAAGUCUUAACGUCCUGCAAAGCACAGCUGUCUGCAUUCAGACCGAAGUUCUGCCUGCUGCACAUAAACAAUAUGGGGACCAGCCUUGCCCAACAGUGCAGAGCGUUGCAUACUUCUCAAUGGCGAAGAGGACUGGAGGCAUUUUUUGAUGAAACCCCAAACUGGGGGGAACCAACUGUCAAGUCAGGUGCUCCGUGGACUGCAAAGCAGCUAAGGACUAAGAGCAGUGAAGAUUUACACAAACUGUGGUAUGUCCUCCUGAAAGAGAAGAACAUGUUGUUGACUGUCGAGCAGGAGGCGAAGAGACAGAGGGUACAGAUGCCAAGCCCAGAGCGUUUAACGAAGAUUGAAAGGUCCAUGAAAAGACUGGAUACCAUUGUGCAAGAGCGUGAGAAUGCACUGAGGUUACUACAGACUGGCCAGGAAAGGGGAAGACCUGGAACCUGGAGAAAGGACUUUUUCGGACGAACGUUCUGGUACAGAUUUAAGGAGUACCCUAUCCCAUGGUACCUGAACAGAAGAUACAAGAGGAAACGAUUCUUUACACUAAAAUAUGUCGACAGUUUCAUAAGGCGCCGUAUUGAAAGCCACCUGCACAACACAAUCUUGAAGAAAAAGGCAGAUUUGGAAAAUAAGAGGAAAUUGCAGGAGAAGUUUUCCAAACUCUCUGCCACAACAUAAGACGUGUAAGAGGAAUUAACAGCACUGAACCUAGUUUUCAUUUUGUGAAUGGAAAGUAAUAGUUAUAUUGCUCUGGUCUGUAUCGGCAUUCUCUCCUGCUUUUUGUACUCGACAAAGAUUACAAUGCCCUUUCACUAGAUGUUUAGACAUAUGUUGAUGGGAUUUGACGUAACAUACCUUUGUGUUGGCCAUAAAUAAAACCACUAUUGUA